UGGAGGUAUUCUCUGCACGCUGACGAUGAUCACCAGACUCGUGCGCUUCCUGCGCCCACGAAAACCACUCCUGCGGCUGGCCGCCGCCGCCGUCGUACUUAUCAUCCUCGUGAUCUACCUCAAACAACUGCGCUACUUGGAACAAUUCAGCAAGCAAGCAAACAAAGCCGAAUUUAAAAGCGCAGCGCUCGAUGGCAGCCAGAAGAGCAUGGAGGAGAAGAUACGCGCGUGGGAAGCCGGAGUCAUACCACAUCUAGGCGACGAUGGUGAACCAGCGUAUCUCAAAGGUCCGGAUAAAGAGAAAGGAGCCGCUGCGUUGAAAUCUGUAGCGUUGAAUACAGUCUUAAGUGAUCGCAUGCCGCUGAAUCGAAGUCUACGGGACCCUAGACACAAGGGAUGCAAAGAAUUUCAUUAUGAUCCAAACAUAAAUGCAAGUGUCAUUAUAAUAUUCUACAAUGAAUUACUCAGUGUUAUUCUGAGGACUGUCUGGAGUGUUAUUUUGCAAACCCCCGCGCAUUUGCUCAAAGAAAUAAUCUUAGUUAAUGAUGCAUCAACAGAAGGUGAUUUGAAUGAAUGGUUAAGUCAUUACAUAGCAACCAGGCUGAAGAAUCACGAUGUGAAGCUGCUGCCGCUCCAAAACCGCAUGGGUUUAAUCCGUGCGAGGCUGCACGGCGCACGCGCAGCCACCGGUGAUGUCCUAGUCUUUCUCGACGCGCAUUGCGAAGCCACCAAGGAGUGGAUGGAGCCAUUACUCAGCCGUAUUGAAGCCGAACGCACGGCUGUCCUGGUGCCAAUCAUAGAUGUCAUUGAGGCUGAUAAUCUAGCGUAUGCAACCAACGGUGAGACAUAUCAAGUCGGCGGGUUUACCUGGUCCGGCCACUUUACCUGGAUAGACAUUCAGAAUGAAGCUGAUAAGAAGACUUUAGCACCAGUGAAAUCCCCCACAAUGGCGGGUGGAUUAUUCGCUAUAGAUCGUAAAUACUUCUGGGAGGUUGGUUCGUAUGAUGAGCAGAUGGAUGGCUGGGGCGGUGAGAAUCUCGAGAUGUCGUUUCGUAUCUGGCAGUGUGGUGGACGCCUGGAAACCGUGCCGUGUUCACGCGUUGGGCACAUCUUCCGCGAUUUCCAUCCGUAUACUUUUCCGGAUAAUAAAGACACGCAUGGCAUAAACACGGCGAGAUUGGCGCAUGUAUGGAUGGAUGGGUAUAAGCGAUUGUUUUUCAUGCAUCAGCCCACACUGGAGCAUAAUCCAAUUGUGGGUGAUUACACGCAUCGCACGCAGCUGCGUCAGAAGUUGCGGUGUAAAUCAUUCCGCUGGUAUCUGGAGAAUGUGUAUCCGGAGAAAUUCGUGCCGGAUGAGAAUGUGUUUGCGUACGGGCAGGUGCGGAAUAAGCUGGAGCAG